AUGUCUCGCCGCGGCGAGCUCAGCAGUCCUCCGCCAGCAGAGCUGGAACAGUUUGCGGCCGCCUGCCGCGCGUUCUACUUCUCCCUCACGCCGCCCGAGGGUGCCGCGGACGCCAUCAGUCGUAUCCUCGCGAACCUGCCGCCCGCCCACCGGGCGACCUACACUCGUCUGCAGAGCCAGCUCCGGUCGCAAGCCCACCUGCACCACCUGCGCGUGCGUAUCAGCACGCUUCAUGCUCUACUCUCAGCGACAUCGCCAGGCGGCAGCCUCUCGCAUGCCGCGCGCGCAGAGCCCGGAGGACCCAGAGCAAGGGCGGAGCGGUUCGAGCGCGCAGCGCACUUCGUGCGCACGUGGGGAGCAGCCAGCGGCGGUCUCGAGCCCUUCUUCCGUGGGCUGUGGAGCGUGAUUCGCGUCCAGAGCAGGCCGAAGGGAGGCGCAGGCGACAAGCGAGUCGUGUGGGAGGUCGACGACGCCAUCUUGCUCGAGUCCGGCGGACCAGAGUUCAUGCACGAGGCGGUCACGACGCUGAAGGGCGUGCUCGGGUUUGAGGAGCGCGCGCUCGAGGCGCCCCCGAGCUUGAGGCGGCACAGCGGCGUCGAAGCGCCGCGCCCCUCCCCCGCCCGUCUCGCGGCGCGCGCGUCUGGGACGCCCCUGGACAUGGACGGCGACGACGCGGCAGCGGAGGAAGCGGACCUUAACCGGCCGCGGUUCCGUCUGUGGGUGUUUCCCGCCUACAUCUCCGACGAGGAGGCCGAGGACCUGCUCUCCCUCUUCCCCACCUUCAGGACACGGGGGAAGAAGGCCGACGCGCGCCUGCCCACGCCGACAGCGCCGAACGAGAAGUCGCUCGAGGAAGGACUCGGCGCCAACGAGCGCUGGCGGCAGACGCAGAUCGAGGGCCAGACGCUCCUCACGCCUAGGGAGGAGUGUGAGGACGCCCUCGGCGUGCUGAGGAGUGGCACGGGACGUAUGUGGGCCGGCGACGAGAAGAGGGACGAGGGGUGGAGGGGCGGGACGUGGUUCAGGUUCAAGCGGUGGUGGAGACGGUUAUUCGGGCGUGGAUAG